AUGUGCAGCGGUGUGCGGGGAAGCAGGGAGGAGAAGAGGGGAGGGAGGCCAUGGCGGUGGCAUUCAAAGGCCGGGGGAGGAGGAGCAAGAGUGUGGGGUGGACCUCGAGUUCUCUGGGUUUGGGGAGCAUGCGAGAGUGCUCGGGGUGGAGCUGGAUGUGGGGUUCGGUGCUAUCAUCCCGUCGGAGACCCUGCGAGUCUACGGCUUGGACAAGGGAGUAGAGUUCGACUUCCACGUCUACCAGCAGCGGCGGUGAGUGGGAAAGCCCUCCGGGAGAGAUCAAUCUCUUAA